AUGCCGGCAGCGGCCGAGCCCAAGAAGGCGCGCGUCCUGGUGGCCGGCGGCGGCAUCGGCGGCCUGGUCUUCGCGCUCGCCGCCAAGCGGAAGGGGUUCGAGGUGCUGGUGCUGGAGCGGGACAUGAGCGCCGUCCGCGGGGAAGGGAGGUACCGCGGCCCGAUCCAGCUGCAGAGCAACGCGCUCGCCGCGCUCGAGGCCGUCGACGCCGCCGCGGCCGACGAGAUCAUGGACGCUGGCUGCGUCACGGGGGACCGCGUCAACGGCAUCGUCGACGGCGUCUCUGGCUCCUGGUACAUCAAGUUUGAUACGUUUACUCCUGCAGCUGAGCGGGGGCUCCCAGUCACAAGGGUCAUUAGCCGCAUGACUCUGCAACAAAUCCUUGCUCGAGCAGUCGGCGAUGAUGCUAUAUUGAAUGGAAGCCAUGUAGUCGAUUUUAUAGAUGAUGGCAGUAAGGUUACUGCCAUAUUGGAGGACGGUAGAAAAUUUGAAGGUGACCUUUUGGUUGGUGCCGAUGGAAUAUGGUCAAAGGUGAGGAAGACACUAUUCGGGCAUUCAGACGCCACCUAUUCAGGUUACACUUGCUACACUGGAAUUGCAGAUUUUGUGCCACCUGAUAUCGAUACAGUUGGGUACCGAGUAUUUCUUGGUCACAAACAAUACUUCGUCUCUUCAGAUGUCGGUGCUGGUAAAAUGCAAUGGUAUGCUUUUCACAAUGAAGAGGCUGGUGGCACUGACCCUGAAAAUGGCAAAAAGAAAAGAUUGCUUGAGAUAUUUGACGGAUGGUGUGACAAUGUCGUUGAUUUGAUAAAUGCAACUGAUGAAGAAGCGGUUCUUCGCCGGGAUAUAUACGACCGCCCACCUACUAUUAAUUGGGGGAAAGGUCGUGUCACCUUGCUUGGUGAUUCUGUGCAUGCUAUGCAGCCAAAUCUGGGUCAAGGUGGCUGCAUGGCUAUUGAGGAUGGUUACCAGCUGGCUGUAGAGCUAGAGAAUGCCUGGCAAGAGAGUGUCAAGACUGAAACUCCUAUGGACAUAGUUUCCUCCUUGAGGUGUUAUGAGAAAGAGAGAAGGCUGCGUGUUGCUAUUAUACAUGGACUGGCAAGAAUGGCAGCAAUCAUGGCUACCACCUAUAGACCAUAUUUGGGUGUUGGUCUAGGACCUUUAUCGUUUUUGACCAAGUUGCGGAUACCACACCCUGGAAGAGUUGGUGGAAGAUUCUUCAUCAAGUAUGGAAUGCCUGCGAUGCUGAGCUGGGUGCUUGGUGGCAACAGCUCAAAGCUAGAAGGAAGACCUUUAAGCUGCCGACUUUCCGACAAGGCAAAUGACCAGCUUUAUCGAUGGUUUGAGGAUGAUGACGCGCUGGAACAAGCUAUGGGUGGAGAAUGGUACCUCUUCCCAACAAGUGAAGGAAACAACAAUAGCUUGCAGCCCAUUCGUUUAAUUAGGGACGAGCAGAGGUCACUCUCUGUUGGAAGUCGGUCAGAUCCUAAUGACUCAGAUUCUUCCCUAUCAUUGUCGUUUCCACAGAUAUCAGAAAGGCAUGCUACUAUCACAUGCAAGAAUAAGGCUUUCUAUCUGACUGAUCUUGGGAGUGAACAUGGUACCUGGAUUACCGACAAUGAAGGUAGACGUUACCGCGUGCCACCAAACUUUCCAGUUCGUUUCCGUCCCUCCGAUGUCAUUGAGUUUGGUUCCGAUAAGAAGGCUAUGUUCCGGGUGAAGGUGCUGAACACGCUCCCUUACGAAUCCGCAAGAAGUGGGAAGCAGCAGGGGCAGCAGCAGCAACAGCAAGUCCUUCAGGCAGCAUGA